CCCAGUGUCACUAUUUCUUGGAAGAACUUGAAUAUAUAUUUAUUGAUAGCUCCUAAGAAGAACCAGAAGAAGCAAGAGCAGAGAAUGAUAGGGUGGGGAGAUGUGUAUAAGGUAAUUGUGGCCAUGGUGCCUCUCUAUGUUGCCCUAUUGAUGGGCUACGGCUCGGUGAGGUGGUGGCGCAUAUUUAACCCUGAGCAGUGCGAUGCAAUAAACCAUCUCGUAUGCUAUUUCACGCUGCCUCUGUUCGCGUUCGAGUUCACCUCCCAUGUCGACCCCUUUGAGUGGAACUUUAUGUUCAUCGGGGCGGAUGUCAUCUCUAAAGUCAUAAUUGUGGCGGUGCUGGCGUUCUGGGCCAAGUUCAGUACCAAAGGGAGCUACGGAUGGUCCAUCACGAGCUUUUCCUUGUGCACCUUGACGAAUUCGCUCGUUGUCGGGGUGCCCCUUAUUAAGGCUAUGUAUGGCCAGAUGGGGGUCGACCUCGUGGUGCAGUCAUCGGUCGUGCAAGCGAUCAUAUGGCUCACAAUCCUCUUGUUCGUCCUAGAGGUCAGGCGUGCGGGGCUCGAUAUCUAUUCCUCUUCUUCUGAAUCUUCACCGGUGCCGAGUUCUCAAAUUAUAUCAACAACUAAUCCGGUGAAGGACUUGGAAGGUAGGAACGAGGUUGAAAUGAGUAGCUCAAAAGCACGGUCCUUCUGGUACUUGAUGCGUGUCGUCGGGCUAAAGCUCGCCAUGAACCCAAACUCAUAUGCCUGCAUUAUCGGCAUCAUUUGGGCUCUCAUUGCGAAUAGGUGGCAUGUUGAGAUGCCAAGUAUUAUGGAAGGAUGUGUGUCGAUCAUGUCAAAAGCUGGAACUGGCACUGCCAUGUUUAGUAUGGGCAUCUUCAUGGCCUUACAGGAGAAGUUGGUGGCAUGUGGGACCAGCCUGACCAUAUUCGGGAUGGUACUUAGGUUCAUAGCGGGACCGGUCGCUCUUGCCAUUGGGGCCAUAGCCGUGGGCUUGCACGGCGAUGUUCUCCGAGUCGCCAUCAUUCAGGCGGCAUUGCCACAAUCGAUCACGUCCUUCAUCUACGCCAAAGAAUAUGGAUUGCAUGCGGAUGUGCUUAGCACGGCGGUAAUAUUCGGCAUGAUGGUGUCCCUCCCAGUGUUGAUUGCUUACUAUGCAAUCCUGGAGUUCGUACACUGAUAUACCGAUGUAGACAGAGAUUUCACCAAGAUGCCGAAGAGAUUCUUCAUGUUUAGUCGUCCUAAUUAAUUUAGUUUCCAUCAUAUAAUUGAUAUUUUCAACUUCUUCUUUGUUGUACCAUUUUUGUUACCCUUUGCUGUGUUCAGUCUUAAAAAGUUAAGCAUCGAUCUCAUGGAAAAACAAUGAUGACACAUUCCCAACAAAUCUUUAAUUAAUUUGAAAUGUGUAUAAAUGGGCCUUUUUGAAGGUCUGAGUCAUCAACUCA